GCGCCCGCGGGCCCAAGGCGCGCGCCCGGGCUGCUGCAGGCACCCGGCGCGCGCGCGCCCGCGCUCGGGUCGGCCGCCAUGCGUCCGCCUGGCGGCGCCGCCUCCCGGCUGCGCCACUGGACGCUGCUGGCCGCCGGCGGGGCCCUCGCGGGGCACCUCCGCGUGCGAGCCAUGGGGAAGACUGUGGACGAGGGCACCCUGACGCACCGCUGGACGAUGCUCAGCGGGCCCGUCGGCCUCGGCCCGAGCGCGAGCUUCGAGGUCACCCUCCGCACGGACCGGCCCUCCCCGAAUUCGUACGUCAUGUUCCUGAGCGAGUUCCAGUGGCGCUACCUCAUCUCGUCUGGAGGCCAGUGGUCCCCCAGAGGCUGGACCCCCUACCCGCCCUGCACCUGGCGCGCAAGCCUGGUCGACGCCGUCAACACGAGCUUCCCGGUCAGCGCUGGCGGCUCGGGGCGCUACUUCCUGGGGGUGCUCCACAGGGGAGGCUGGGCGAGGUCGAGGGCCUGA